AUCAAAUUGGUUUACACUAGCUCGUGAAAAAGAUAUUGGAUAUUGGAUAUUGGACGUGCUACAGGGACGUGGCUUUUUGACCAGUGUGCUACCUGACAGAUGGCAGCUGUUAUUCAGGACCCCUCCCGCCAGGUCAUGAAACCAGAACUAGUAUUUAAGAUUGACGGACUCUCUUGUUGUGUGAAUGAUGCUAUCUUUAUCCCUGGCAGAGAUUCUAUUGUAACAGGUUCAGAGGAUCGUACCUUGAGGAUUUGGGUCAGAAGGGACACUACAAAGUUCUGGCCGACGGUCAUCGAGUUAUUACCCAGUCCCGUCACAUGUAUAACGUAUUGUGCUGAAUCACACAGAUUAUUCGUUGGUUUGGAGAAUGGGACGGUUGUAGAAUAUGACGUCUCUGAAGAUUUAAAUCAUAUUGAGCACAAGCGGGACUAUCUGUCUCACACUUCUAGGACGAAUGGAAUUGUCUGCGUACCAGAUAUGGGCUGGAUUGUAUCUGCUUCAAAAGAUCAAACUGUCGCAUGGUAUUCGACCAAUAGCGGAAGACGAAUAAGUGAACAUAAUUUGGAACACCCGGCCACGUGUUUGGAAUAUGAUGUCGGCUCACACUACGUGUUUGUUGGUGAUAGCAGCGGUCGCAUUACUUUACUGAGCAUUAAUCAAGUCAACGGCCAAGUACUGUGUCGUGUAAUUCGUGAACUCCGAGGUCAUGAGCAGUCAGUAUCCUUUCUGGCUUGGGAUAGUACAAAUUCUCGUCUAUUUUCUUGCAGUUCCGAUCGUUCUGUUAUCUUCUGGGAUAUUGGUGGGGCUAAAGGUUCGUCUUAUGAGUUGCAAGGGCAUUCCAAAGAAGUGUCGUCAAUAUGUUGGUGGAGUAUGGGUGCUUCUCCUACAAAUGUCAAGGACAAUAAGUAUAAAGGACUACUUAUUUCAGGUGGUCUUGAUGGAUAUCUGAUUUUCUGGUUUAUGGACCCUUCACGCAUUGAAAGUCCUAAUUGGUCAGAAUCAGAUAUCUGUCAUGUCUGUAGCGGACCAUUCUUCUGGAAUGUUCGUAAAAUGUGGAACAAUAUGUCGGUUGGUGUGCGUCAGCAUCACUGUCGUCGAUGUGGUCACGCUGUUUGUGACAAGUGUUCACCUUAUCGUUCUAAUCUACCAUGCAUGGGCUUUGAAAAAGAUGUUCGUAUUUGUAGUCAAUGCUUUCCUCUUAUAACUGAUGCAGAUCGCAGGAGUUUGGCAAUCUCGUUCGAUGCUCGCCAUCCUGUUACAUGUGUUCGUAUAGAGGAGUCCUUGAAUUUACUUCUAACGGUCGGCAAAGAUCGGGUUAUCAAGGUGUGGGAUAUCAAAGCUUUUUCAUCAAAUCCACGUACAUAAAUUUCAAACAAUACAAUUGAUAUUUUAUGUGAUUUAUUUGAAAUGAUUAUUUUCCGCCUUCCACGGAGCAUACACCAGUGAUUUUAUGGCAAUAUUCAUCUUUAUAUUCUAUGUCACAUUUGAUCGUGAAACUAUUUUAAAAUGAUCUAUAAUAACUUUGAAUAAGUUAAACAAGUAUACAUUCUAUAAUAUAUUUACAUUUCCUUAUAAAUUAACUGUACAUACAAAAAUUAUUUUAGCGUAUUUUUGAUGUAGUGUACGAUUGAUUACGCCUUAUGUAAUAUCCUUCCUUAAUGAUAUCAAAGCUAACUUAUUCAGAAA